UUCUAUAAGAGUAUAAUCUUCGAGAAUUCAGCAGGCCUCAUGUGUCGUCGUCGUUAUCUUUACAGGUACGAUGCGAAUAUAGGUGAGGAGAAGAGGAAAUAAGAGUGGGUGUCUCUGGGCGACGUUCUAAUUGUCAUCCACGUACCCUAUAUCUAACGAGAUAAGGCAUUGUUAUUGAAAUUAUUAUGUAUUUACAGUAUAACCAGAGAAGCUAUAGUAUUCGUGUGCUGAUACUGUGGUGAUUCGUGUGCUGAUAGUAUAGUGUCCGUGAUAGAUUAGAAAAGAGUGACGUUCUAAGUAUUGUAAGGAAAAAAAAAGAGAGGGUGGCGAGCGCGCGUGUGAGCAACACCGAUACAACACACCUGUGUCCUUGUAUUGCUCGUUGUGAGAGGUGAAAAUACCUGAAUAGUAAUAGGAGCUUGCUACUUAUUUGAUAUAGCUGCUGUGUCAGUUAGUCUGUGUAGUGUUUUUUUAUCAUCAGUUUAACGUGCAAGUAUUUUCAUUGUCGCUUUUCGACAUUUCUGGUAUAUACGACAUGUUGAACUGAGCAUGAUAAUCGGGUUCGCAAUACGGUUGAGUUUUUAAAUCAAGUUAAAGAGGAAAAAGAGGGUAGAUGGUGCUUUUAAUUAGAUCUGCAUGUUUACAUUUUUUUUAAGCUGAUUACAAUGGCCAUUCCACCGCUGGUUAGCUCGACGCCACCACCACUGGACAAUUUUGGAGAGUCUGAUGAUGAUGAGUUUGGAGACUUUACAGCUGCUGGUAUUGAUGGCCUGUCAGUGGCAUCGGAUUCCCCACGAAAGCUGGCUACCCCAAUGCUGACACCAACACCAUCAGAGUGUGGUACACCAAAUGUUAAUGGAGUAUCUAGCUCUUCUCCAGUACAGGUGACAUUAGCCAAAACUAAAGAUGUUAUCAGAAAAACAAUGGUUGACGAUAUUUUGACUGUUGAAAAGCUCAAUAACAUAGUGAGCCAUAUUAAUCUAGAUGAUAGGACAGACAGUGGUAGCAUUAAGAGCAGUGGCUUUGAUCGUGACAGUUUAUCUCGCAAUAGUGAUAUAGAUUUGCCUGACAGUGAAAACGUGAAAAAUGUAAAAAGCAAUAGUGAUAGUUUUAGCAAUCUGCAAGAUGGCUUUGAGGAGAAAAGUACCAACAAUAACGAUGUAGUUAGUAGUAAUAAUAGUAGUUUAGAUGAUAGUGGAAAAACAGGAAGUGAGCUGGAGGAUUCACUGAGCAACCUGGAGAUCAACGACGAUCCUGAACCACUUAGUUUGAUAUUGGAUGAUCCAAAAAGCAUUUCAGAUAUACAGCAGACUUUAGAGAAUGAUUUUUAUGAUUACGAGUAUUACAAGGAUAGUUCUGCUAGAACUAGAACAGAUGUUGACUUGACACUUGAUUUGGAAAAAAUUCCUCGAGAAUUAAAAGUACAAAACGAUGUAUUCACUAAAGAUUUAUCUCCUAUUGACGAAAGUAAUAAGAAUAAUGAUAAUUCAUUAUUUGUUGGUGACAAAGAAGAAACAAUGUAUGCUGAUUCUUCUAUUCAACGUCACAUUCUUCAUAAUUAUCAAGAAAAAAAAUCUGAAAUCUUAGAGUUUCCAAUUAAAGAAACAAAAAUAAAUAACAAUGAAAGUGGAACUUUUACAAAUUAUCAGUUUGGUACAUUAUUAAGAGACACAGUCAUUAAUGACAUUAACUAUGGUGAUGAUGAUGGAAUUUCUGAAAGUAAAAAAAUAAACAAUUUUGAUAAUUUUAGCUUGAGUGUUGAUGAUGUAACAGAAAAAGAAUCCAAUCUUGUUUGUAAGUUUGUGGAUAAUAAUGGCUUUGAUAAUUCAGAUAGAAAAUACAUGUUAGAUGAAAAUUUAGAUAGUUUACAACAAUCAAAAGACAAUUUCAUUGAUCUAAAGACUGCUGAUAUUGUUCAAGAAGGUAGCCCAAAUUCUCCAAAUGCCAACAAAACGGAAUACUCGUUUAGCAAUGAAAUUGGUAUUUUCGAAAACGAUGUACAAGAAAAUAGUUUUAUCCUUAGUAAAGAAAUCGACUGUGAUUUUUCCGACUUUCAAAAAAAUGUUUAUCAAGGGGCGAUCUUUCAAAAUGGCAUUACCAGUUCAGACGACGUCAGUUCAACACCAAAACAAAACGAUGAAAAAUUAGUACAUUCCGUCAACGAUGAUUACGACGUCGAUUUUCAGUCGUCACUGCCUCCUUACGAAAAAGUACUUUGCGUCAAUGAGGAGACGUCAAACGACAAAGUCGAAAACACCCUGUCAGAAGGCAAGUCAAAAAAAGAAGAAAUGUCUGAAAGCAUUCAGUCGUCGUCAUACAACGAUAUUGACGACGAUUUUGCUGAUUUUGCUGAUUUUGCAAGUGUACCCGUUGAACCCGUUAACAAAAAUGUAGAACUUGAUCAAUUAGACGUUGAAGAGCUGAAAACUUGCAGAAAUUUUGAUGAUGAGGCGGUCAAUGAAUUCGGUGAUUUUGCCGACUUUGAAUCGUCUGUACCUGUACUCGACCAACCAGCUAUUAGUUUAAAAGAAUCUAUAUGCCGAAUAGAAAAUAAAAACGCUGCAAAUAAAAUUGAAGAUAUAGUUACAAACAUGUUUCCAUCAUGCAUCGAAAGUCCAGAAGUCGAUUUGCAACCAUUGAUAGUUAGGAACGAUAAAACAUGGAAAAAUUUAAAAAGCGUUGAGGAAACUAAUGCACUAAGUUAUCAAUGGUCAAAUAGUAGUAGCAAUAAUGCACUUUUGAACGCUUUGGGCAUUGACUCACGUAAUAUAUUAUUUGGACCAAGAUGGAAUCCAAACAUUCCAAGAUUUGCAGCUAAUUUAGGUUUUUCACCAUUAGAGCCAGUUAAAGCUUCUUUAGAUACGCAAACAUCCUCAUCAAAUUUUAACAAAACGCAGAAUUCUACAAUCACAGAAGAUGUGCCUGCUGCACAAUUCGAUUGGAACAGUUCAGGGCUAGUGAAUCCUUUAGAUGAAAGUGGCGGAUUAUCUGCACUUCUACCACUGGACUUAUUAUACCCAUUUGAUCCUUUACUAACAUCCCAUUGUUCCGCUCGUUCCGAAUCCUAUCAUCAUGCUGCUUCUGCCAGGAGCUCCAAAUACAAUUAUUUUACUGAAACUAGCUCCUCUCAAAACUCAAAGCCAUUACAACCAGCGAGCAACCGGCAAAGUAGUAACAGUCCACCUAAGCCUCAAAAACAACAUCCAACAUCUCGAAUCAUUGAACCAUUACCUGGACCAAGCGCUAUAGACUGGAAAAAAUCUGAAGUAGAACAAAGAACAAAGAAUGAAACGCAAAAGACUUCAAAAAUCGCUCAGAAUAAUAAUAAAUCGUUCCUAGCUAGCAGUAGUAGCACAAGUAGCAAGUCAGAAUCCAAAAGAGUUGAGUGUGAUGGUAGAACUGAUCCCCAGCGUCACGAAUUACAACAAAAGUCUUCGUUAAACAAGCAGGAGCACGUGCAAAAUCCAGAGAAUGUUGUGCUGGAUAGAUAUGGCAGACCAAUGACUGUAAGGCCAGAAACAAUAAAAGUUUUGAAGCAACUGCCAGAUUUAUCAUUCCUAAGUGCAAGAACGCUGCUGUAUAAUCCUGAGCACAAGCAAUUUGUUCCGGAUUUAGGUGCUAUGAUAAAUAAAAAAAUGCCUGGCUGAGUAACAAUGGUCUGAAUACACGUUUAAAAGGGUAAGAAUAGUUAAUUUCAAAUAAGGGCUUCUUUUUUUACAGGUUGACCAUUCAACCCUUUUGAUUAGAUAUACACUUACUUUGUAGGAGUGAUAGAGCUAUUUUUGUUAAUGAUAAAAAAAACUGUUUUUUUCGGAUUGAGAUAUAAGUUUUAUUAACAUUAAGAACACAUUAAAAGAUGCAUUAUACUUUAAAACAGUUGUGCAAAAUUAUCAAUUUUUUUUUUUUUUGCAAUCAAUUAUAGUUAAUUAUUUUUGUACAUUUAAAUUUAGCUUAUUUUGAAUUUACGUACUACACCAAUAUUUCGUCAAUAAAAUAAUACUUAAUUCUGAUAACUAUCAUUAUUUUUUAUUUUUUAUUCACAUUUAUUGAGAAAUAUACAUUUGUAACCCAUACUUUUUGUUGUAAAAAAGUUACUAUUAACUAUUAACGUUUGUUAAUUGCCCUUAAAAAUCUAUACAAUCAAAAAAAUAUAAAUCUGCCAACUUAAAAAUUUGUAUUCAGACUAUUAGGUGUACUGCUCUUCCAACUUAGAAAGUAAACUUGAAAUGUCACACUAAAAAUAUUUUAAAAUCAUUAACUUUUGAGUUUUCACGUAGAUAUAUAUUUGACAUUCCACUACAAAGAGCUGAGUGAACGUUUGUGAUUCUUACUAUGCAAUUGACAAAAAUUUUUUCAA